GCCGGAUGGGGACAAAUGUCUGCUCCCAUGCGGGCUUCAGUGGUCGAGGAGCGAAGAGGCGGCGCGCCGUGUCGUCCCCGUCACGUGUGCGCGCACGGCUCUAGCAGCAGCCAGGAAGGGUGGGAGCAGCGCUCGGAUUGUGCAGUUCAGAGGGACAAAAUGGGAGUCGAGCUUGAGACUAUCACCCCCGGAGACGGAAGGACCUUCCCGAAGAAAGGACAGACCUGUGUGGUGCAUUAUGUCGGCUCAUUGACAAAUGGAAAGCAGUUUGAUUCGUCUCGUGACAGAGACAAGCCCUUCAAAUUCAAGAUUGGUAGCCAGGAAGUGAUUAGAGGAUGGGAGGAUGGAGUUGCCCAGAUGAGUGUUGGUCAGAGAGCGAAGCUGACAUGCUCACCUGAUUUUGCCUACGGGUCUAAGGGCCAUCCAGGUAUCAUCCCACCCGACGCCACUUUGAUCUUCGAUGUGGAGCUCAUAAGGCUGGAAUGAAGCAGUAUAUUUUUUUGUUUCCUCUUACGACAAGAACACAAGUGAAAGCUAGGAGCGUGUGCACUUGAAUAUCAGGGGCUUGUCGUAUAGCUCCACCUCGGUCACUACUUAUCCAUAUAGAGUCUGUGUAUUGGUGACUGCUUUUCUCACACACCCUUCCUUUUAAACUAUGGGCCAUAACCUUAAAAACCUCAAGUUCUUAAUCUUGAAUUUUAAUUGUGCUUUUUUUCUGCUUUGUGUAGAAUCUGUUGUGCAUGAUCAAGCAUUCUAACAAUAUACCAAUGAACACCAGCAAAUGAAACUGGAUGAGUACAGUAGUGAUGUGUGGUACCGCCUGUGCCAGACCAUAGAACUUUUUGCAAUCUUUGUAUUGCUGACUUCUUUAUAUUUAAAGCUAAAGCAGACAGUCUUAAACAUUGCUGUCAGCAUUAAAAACAGGGAAUAAUAUACCUGCUCUCCAUUCCAGUUUUGGAAGUUAUGUAUGAAAACAGUGUAAGAUUUGGCACAGUUAGUAAAUGCAUCCCAGUCCGUUGUUUGCAUUCUGAACCAGCUUGUCAGUUUGGUUAGCUGUGGGAGUGCAGGUACCUUGUCCCCAUUGUUUUUUAUUGUGAGUGUGUGGAGACCUGUAUUCUACUGUAUUCACC